UCUGCCACUCUGUACAGCAUUUGAUAAUUUUAGAGUCUCCUGUCAUCGAAAAAAAAUAAAAAAUUGGAGCCUUUUUUUGGUCUGAAAUCGGCAGGGCUCUGUGGUCUACAAUUACUGUACUUCAUUUUCUUUCCUCGAUUCUUGAAAAAGUGGGUACUUUCAGACCAAAAAAGGAAUCUACUUUAUGAAACCAAGUGCGAGUUUCAUCCUCGUUCACGAACUUGGGGGUUGAACCAGGAAAAGGAAUGACACUGGAAGUUGCAGAGUUCUUGAGGCACAAGUUCUUGAAGUCCAUUCAAGACGCAGAGUCUGAAUUGUCAGGAUUUGUGUUCCUCUCCCACUUCAAAGCAAUCAAAUGCUUCGUGGAAGAGAUACAGAUCGAUAAUCCCGGAGAUCAAAAUCACUCUCGGCUCCGGCGACGACCUCUACCACAAGACCGUGUCUUUGCUCUACGAGCUCAACGACGCGUUGGCCGAAUCCCGAGUAUUGGCCAACGUGUGCAAGCUGCAAAAUAAGAAGCUCUUUUUCUUGUUGCACCCCUUGUUGAACUACUCUAUCCGAAAGAUGAAGAAGCGACUCAACCAAAUGAAACGCAAGUUUGCGGCUUUGGUCGAAGAGGAGAAAAUGUAUUCCACACUUGUAAUUUGUGAUCAGACGAGUCUAGACGGUGAGCCGGGAACUGAAAUGGAUGAUGACCGUGCGAGUCAAAUCGUCAGCGCAGAAACGAGUAUAGUCGGUGCUGAUGAGCAGGCGGAGAAGAUUGAGGGCUUGCUGUGUGGCGGUGCUACGGCAAUUGGGAUAGUCGGCAUUGCUGGCGUAGUUUGUGGAUGGAAUUGUAGGUCCAACCGCUUCUUGAAGGAGAUGUACAUUCCUGAUGAAUUGCUUCAUGCUGAUUUGGAAGUCGAACCUGCUGUCCAUAUACCAAAAUUCCCAGUGUUGGUGUUUAUUGAUAUGAAAAAUAUGAACAAUAAACAGCUUGGAGAAAAACUCCUUGACAAAUUUCGCUAUCAUCUUAAUAAAAAGCAGGUUUUUGCUGUUUUAGAAGAGAAGUCUGAUACGAAGAAAAAAGUAAAGGCACAUGACCCUGAGAGGGUGCUAAAGGAUGUUUAUGGCACUUUAGAAAAGCUUAAGCGUAAAGGAUAUGGUUUUGCUGAUGAAAUUCAAAAGACGAUGACGGUUAUAAUUGUUGGUGGUGAUUGUGUGGCUAACUGGAUUUUGGGAGUUAUCUGUGAUCUAAAAUUGCCGGAGUUACCCUCCAUUGCUCCAAUUCCGCUACAAACCAUUUCUCUUAUUGGUGGUAGCAUCUCAAGUUCCUUUGGAUGGAGGAGCAUUUCUCCUGACGAUCCAGUGAAAUUGUCCCUGCUAGAUGUACAAUAUGCAAAAAAAAUGAAAACUGACAGCCGGCAUAUUCUCAUUUGGAUGAAAACCAUUAAAAGUUCUACAGCUAAUCAACAAAUACCUCAUUCUUUGCAUCUAUGUCAUCCUGUUCACGAACCGGAUAAGCAAAAUGCGGAUAAUCUCAAAUUGUCCGGAGGGUUUUGGAACUACUUCAGCUUGGAAGUUGAUGCUCUCCGACAAUAUGGAAAUCACUGCUUUCAUCCUACUGAAAGGACCUUAUCAUCAGUUGCAAAUAUAAAGGUUAUGAAACAACUUGGUCAGUGGGAUAAACUUGAUAUUACUAGCAGACCACAAAUUAUGAAGAAAGAUCGGAAAGAGAGAUACCUGUUUCCGUCUUUCAUAGAUGAUGGACAUCUUCAAAUUAUUGGUUGCAGAGAUGUUUUCUUUCCUCUUAGUGAAGGUUCCAUUCACCUUGGCCAGGUACGGGGAAUUCGUUUCGAGUUUAUUGAUGGUGAAGAAGAGGUUGUCAACAUGACAAUUGAUGGAACACCAUGGGAGAAUAUCCCACUUGAUGGUACUGGUAUCACUGUAAUUGAAAUCACUCAUCACUGUCAAGUCAACAUUCUCGCCUAUCCAUAUUGCGAUUGCCCACCAAAAAGUAUCCACGAUCAGGUGGUGAUGAAUGAUGCUUCUGAAAAUGAUGAUGAGAACAAUGCUAAAGAUUACUCUGAACGACAUAAGAAGUUUGGUGCAGCAAGCACUUUCAAACUUACCUGUGCUGAUGAAGGAUUGAAGGACAUGAAACCAAUGGUGAAGCAAGCACUUCCAACGUCCUCUAAUCGUUAGCUGUCUUUGUUUAUAUUUUGGUUACCCUACCCAGAUUUUUUUUUUUUUUUGGGUUAAAACAGGAGUUGGAAAGAGCAAAGUGCUCUCCCACCCCAAAUUUAUUGAAAUAAAAAUAAUGUACAAUCUAAUAGGAUGGCACAACAGCCAAACCAUUGGAGAACAAUGUGAGUGACAGCAAAUUUAAACAAUACAACUAACACAAAGAGAAGAACAAAUUAAUGAAAAUGAAAGAUAG